AUGGACAUUUCUGAGGUAGCCUCUUCUACGAGACCUUCGAGCUGUUUAGGCUCAAAUCCUACGAGUGUAGUGAUGUGGCACGGUAUGGGAGAUACAUAUAAUUCAUCGGGAAUGCAGGCUGUCAAAGCCAUACUUGAGGAGGAAAUACCUAAUGUGUUUGUUCAUUCAGUGUAUCUUGAUAUUGAUGAGAGAAAAGAUCAGAGGCUCUCUUUUCUAGGGGACCUAAAUACCCAAAUCAGAGACGUAUGCGAUCAGCUCAAUUCUAUUCCGGAACUGGAAAAUGGCUUUAAUGCGGUGGGAUUCUCACAGGGUGGACUGUUUCUUCGCUCUGCAAUGGAGCUUUGUGAUUUACCGAUAAAGGCACUCAUCACUUAUGGCUCACCACAUAAUGGUGUGACCGACCUUCCACCAUGUCCGGAAGAUAAUUGGCUUUGUAAGCGGCGAAACAGCAUUCUCAAGAAGCAAAUCUACAAUGAAAACAUUCAAAACUCUGUUGUGCAGGCUCAGUAUUUCAGAGAUGUGUACAAUUUUGAGAAGUAUCUUGAAAAUUCAGCAUUCCUCAAUCAUGGUGAUGUUUUCGAAGGAUGA